GAGUAUCAUGCCUCGUUUUUCGUCCCUGUCCUUUAUUAGUGGCGCACAACAAUGUGCCGCAUCCUUUCGAUCACUUGGCUCUAAGUUUCCAAUAAUGCGUCGCUGCGACCGAGUGGGUGGUAUGGGGACCCUUCACAAACGCUCUUUACUUACUUAUCCACACAAUACCUGCACAGGUACUAGUGCAGUACCCUCAGUCGCCACCGCAAACCGCCGGCCGUCACUCUUCGCUCUGUACGACGAUCAUCAUGUAGGGCAGUUUUCUCAAAGCACCCAUCGUAGACCGAAUCAUCGUGCCCAAUCGCCGCACCGAAUCAUCAAAGGGAACAACCUUCCUUGUCAGUCCCCCGCGGCGCCGCUCCCUUCACCGCUCAAGUCAGGCCCGCGUUGCGCCAACGGACGGGGAACAGGCCAUCAGGGUUCGCUCCUAUGUGGUACAGUGCAGUCCCCGUCCCCAUUGUUGCAUCACGCUACGUCCAAUCCUUACAUCCUCCAACAUGCUAGCUCACGGGACCCUGCGCGACAUUUUCUGAAAGUUGUUGACCUUGUUUUUUACAAUUCGUUCUUGUCGCAAACUUGCAUCUUAUUUGUCACCAAAAUGGACCACUCAACUACCCAGGGCAACUACCAUGCUUGCCGUCAUCAGUUCGAAGGCAGUCAAUCAGCCGUUGGUAUCGCCCCAGUUUGACGCC